AUGGCAGUGGAGCAAGUCAGAAGCGGCGAGACUGAGCAGUCUGAGGUUUUUCGCGCUCCUGCGCCCAAGCGUGACCCCUCUCCCGAGCUGCUUCACAGAGUGUGAGUCGUCUCUCACUUUGCUGGGGUCCAUCAAAGCUGAGUCAAAUCUGAUUGUCCGCAGCGUUGUCGACAUACCGCUUCCAACGCACGAAGAUGCUCUAAGACUCGCCACGAUACUUUCCCCAGACAUGCCUCUCAAACCCAGCGACGUCCACCUCACCUUCGAGGUACAUUCCCAGAGUCCCAUCCUCAAUCUCACCAUCCGAGCCCGAACCGUCCGACAAUUGCGCUUGGCCUGCAACUCGGCUCUUGAGGAUGCCAAGCUAGUCGUGGACACAAUGGCUGCUUUCGCUCCUGGAUACGACACCAAAGAGUCCGAGAUACGCGACGAGGGCAAGUCAGAACCGGCGGGCAAGCGCAAAGAGGGAGGUCCCGAAGUGGAGCUGGGCAGUAUUGGAAGGGCUGGUUGA